CGAACGCUCUAUGACGGCAGCUAGCCUGUGCUGAUUAGCUGUUAACCGUGGUGGGGUUACAGCAGUCCGUGGGAGGAACAGUUUAUCAUGGCUGAUGAUGAUUUGGACGAACUGCUGGAUGAAGUCGAGAAAAAGUUUUGUCGCAACGUUUUUGUCGCGUCCUCAGCUGCUCGCACCAAGUCGAGCGAGGCUGGAAAACGCGAAGACAAAGACGGAGAGAGAAAGCACGGUGCCGCAAAGCCUAAGUCAGUAAACAGUGUCACUGAGGAUAUUGAUGCCCUGCUGGAGGAAUUACAGGAGGAAUCCUGUAGCGGUUCCUCUCAGCCAAAGACUGAACAGUUUCCUAAAGGACCACAUGUGGAAAAGAGGCUUUCAGCUCAGUCUGGAGGAAGAAAGUGCUGUCCUGUUUUUAUUGGCGGGAGCUCAGUCACAAAUGGUGUCGGAACAGCCACAUCCAAGAGGUCAUGUGACCAGCUGAGGUGUAUAUCCUGUGACUUCCGUGUGCUGAUGUUUGAUGACUGUGAGUGGGAUCCAACCUGUGAUUACCUGUUCCUCAGGAACAACAUGCCAGAACAUCAGAAGCUCCGAACCAAACUGAAGAAGAGGAGAGGCUUGCGGGCAUACGCCUGUCAAUGCAGCUGGAUCUCCACAUUAGAGAUGACAGACCUUAGGGAGCAACCUCAGCUCAGAUGGGUCUGUGGCAAACACCAAGACUGAUUUUCACCCCUCACUGCUACAAAGACACUGUUAAAUAAAAGUGCACAGCUUUGAACAGGAAAACCUGUGCACAUCUCUUCAAGCUGGACACUUUUUUUUUUUUUUUUUUUUUUGAAGCAAUAGUGUGAGUGCUUUUAACCCUGCAGAACAUGGUCUUCAUCUUCUGUGCUCUUCACUUUUUGUGUGUUAAAUGAUCCUGAUCAGUCCAUCCACCCAUCCAUUUUCCUCCACUUAUCCAACUGGAGCCUAUCCCAGGUGUCAUUAGGAGGAUACACCCACCCAGGACAAGUUGCCAGUCUGUUGAAGGCUAAUAUAUAGACAACAAUUCACGCCUAUGAUCAAGUUAUUAUCACCAAGUAGCUUAACCUCAUACAUGUUUUUGGACUGUGGGAGGAAGCCGGAGUACCCAGAGUUAACCACGCAGAAGGAUUUGAACCCAGGACCUUCUUCCUGUGAGGCAACAGCAUUAACCCACUGCUCUGCAUGAAAUUAUCAGUAAAAUGAUGGUAGUAUUUCGAUAAUUGAUUGAUGGAAUAUGUUCUUUGUAACUGAAGAAGAACCCCUUUAGCAGCUACUUUUUACUAAAUUACAAGAAACUUCUAGUUUAAUGUGUAAUAGCUGGGAUCAAAAUUCAUACUAAAGUGCAGAGCGGUUCAUCUAAAAAACAUAAUCAUAUUUCUUUUUUUUAAAAAUGUCCUUAAAAGGCUUUGAAUGUCAGAAAGCAGAGGAGUUCAAAAUGAAAGUUCUGCAGUAAAAGAAGGAAACACAUCUGCAGCACAAGAGAGGAAACGGCACUUAUGUAACAGCUCUAUUAUUUAUUUUUGACACACUGGUUAUGUUUGCUGUCCCCGCGAAUUAGAAAAUCUGAGAGAAAACUUUGUAGCUCUGUUGCUCAGCUGCAGUUUUUUUUUUUAUUACGUACUGGAACAUUUUCAGGACAUAUCUUCUCUGUUUUUUCUCUCCCUCUUUUUUUAGCACUUAAUCUUCUGAUGUGCACGUGCACCUAUGUCAGUAUAAAUGUUGAUUUUAAAGUCUAAGAUAUAUAAAGAACCUGAAAGAUAUUAUAGAAAAAUGUGACACAGAGAGCAAAAGAGUAACGCUGCAGAUUAGGAAUAAACAUAAAAACUUGUAUUCAUUUUCUGCAUCACCAGCUCUGCUUUAGAGCGAGGGUUCAUUCAGUGUUUUUAGUAAGAUGCGGCUCAACGUAACAUAUUGGUAAAUAUAAAACAUAUUGUUCAGCAGGCUUUAUUUAGUGCUUAAAUUGUACUGUAACUAAAGUAAUCAAUGUGACACUUCCAGCCAGUUUUAAACUGACACUCUGAACGUCAUGAGCACCGGUGUGGUUAAUCUAACCACAUCACAUUAAAAACUUUGACUUUAAGUUCAACAUAUCUCAUACCUGAACAACCUUCACAACCCCAAAAACCUUAAGUUACUUUGAUAAACCCCUAAUCCUGCUUCAUAGUACAGGCCUCAGAAAUUGAUUUAACAAUAAAUUCAGAUCUUUAGGAAAAUUAUAAGGAAAUGUUUCUGUACUUUGUGCAUGAUAGUAACCAGUUAACUGAAUAUUUUCUUAGUCUGAAAUUUUUAUACAGAAGUUUUUAUUUAAAUGUAAAUGCACUCUGUUGUGCACAGGCAGUGAAUCAGGACUUCUACAGAUCUUUUUUGCUCUUCUAUUAUGUUGGCAUAAUCUUGGUAUAAUGUUUUCUACAGUACUUUUUGUGUGUUGUAUAAAUUACUAACUAAUCUAAUACAGCAAAGAGUCCUGCUGUUAAAUGGGAUGUUAACCACCUCAGCUCAUCCCGUU